GAUUGUUCCCUCGACGACGAUAUGCACUGCAAAUAGAGUAUCGUACUCGCAUAAAUGCAUUACAAAUUUCCUCAGCGUGAGAAAUAAAAUUUGUAAUGCGGAUUUGACUUAACAAAAAGAUUUGUAAUGCAUGACUGCAAUACGAAUGCGAUACUUUUGCACAGGAUAGACGAGGAGGAUUCCUCGUCCGACGACGAGAGUCCGAACACCUAUGGAAGUGUCAGAAUCAAAAUCGUCAGAGUUGAAAUAGUUUGUCAUGCAUAAAAGCGAUAUCACUCGGAAGCCCACUUAUCAAGCGGCGCAUGACAAAUUUUCCGAGCGCCGGAAUUCAAUUUGUCAUGCUGUUGGGGCACAAAAGACUGCUUUUGUCAUGCUGCUUUGCCAGCUCUAUUUCAAACCCUAAACAGGCUCACAAUCGGCCUCACUUGCCAUCCCAGCAAGACAAGCACUUCACGCCUUGCAUUUUAUGCAUAUUCAACCUUGACGAUUUCAAUCCUGACAGUUCCAUAACACCCGACGGGAAAGGAAACGAAAAUCCCGGCGGGAGAAAGCGGAGAUGGAGCGCGUGAUCGCCGAAGCGAAUCGAGAAACGGCUGCGGGACUGCUGAUCCCCACGGAUCCGGCCACGCAAAAACAAGACCUGGCGGCCUUCGUCGCCUUCAACCGGUUGUGUCGUCAAGAGCCGCAGUUUUUCGCCCCCUGCUACGUGCCCGUGGACCGGCAGAAUGACAAUGAACGCGAGGAGGACCCGGUGGGACUGUCGCCCCAGUGCCUCAAGUUCCGCGCGUGGCUCCUCCAGCUGCACCAGCACGAGGUGGGCAACUGGAAGUCCGAAGAGUCCCGGUUCCGCCUGCAAAAAAUGUUCCAGAAGGCCGGGUCGCUGUUUCGGAACCCGGUGACGCUCGAACACGUAUGAACUGCAAAAGCAUCGCGCUCGUAUAAUUGCAAUCAUGCAUUACAAAUCUUUUUCUUAAAGGUAAAUUAGCAUUACAAAUUUUAUUUCUCAUGCUGAGGAAAUUUGUAAUGCAAUUUAUACAAGUGCGAUGCUUUUGCAUUGCAUAACACGAGUGGCACAGCAAGUCCUUCUUUCAAGCCGUGGUGCAGCCGCUGAAGAUUGCCGCGCCGGCGCGGAUCCUAUCCAGUGUAAAAAUGUCUGGGUCUGGAAGAAUGCAACUUGUGAUGCUGCAUUUGGAUGUCUAAAAAAUUUGUGUUGCAUGAGCAGCAAAAGGAAUCUAUAUUUCUGCUACGCGGAGAGGGCAUUUGUCAUGCAGAAUAGGCAUCAAGAACCCCUCAAAAAACCUGUGAUGCUAGGUCAUGCAUCACAGACAUCACGGCUCAUGCAAAUCGUGCAUCACAAGUCUCAGAAUCUUCCAGACCCAGACAUUUUUACACUUGAUAGAUCCACUGGGUCCACGAUUCCACCAAGUUCACCAAGGCUCAACUCCUGCAGAUGCAGCGGCAGAGCCACGCCGAGCAGUUUCAAAAAGCCCACGCGUUGUUGUCCCACGUUUUCGUCCUGGAUGGGAUGAUGCAGGACAAUUACGAUCUGUACGUGCUCCGCCACGCCCACACGGACCACAUCCACGCCUGCGCGAUCCUUCAAAAGGCCCGCCCCAACAAACGCUGUAUCCUCUACUUCACCGUCCGCCCCGAAGUCCGCAGCGCGGGCUACGCCUCACGCUUCGUCCAGAUGCUGCUCGACCAGGAACCCCACUCCCGCCUCUUUACCACUGUCAAUGUACUUUGGAUUUUGAUUUUGUUUUUGUAAAGUAGUAGUGGCCUGUCCUGUUGCUGUUUCUGUUUUCUGGUGUUCUGCAUGUGCACAUCAUGCAUGUUCAUGCUUUAUUUUGAGGCCUCAUCUUCACCUUCAGUAUGAGUGCUUUGGCGGUUCAUCAUCAUCUUCAAAGCUUGACAUUGUUUUCCCAGGUCGGCGCAGAUGGGACACAGGAAAAGUUAGCGGACUGGUGGAAGCGUAUGGGAUUCACGAAAGAGGUGGAACCUGACAAAGAGCAUUCCAUGGAUGUUCCCUUCAAACACACCAUUCUCCUGGAGCUAGAUCGUCGCACGUACUUGGGUGGUGCUUUUUUCGAGCCUCCAAUAUCUCCGGCAGCUCUCGCCAAGCGUUUGAAAAAUAAAGCAGAGGAUUCGUCGAAUAAUCUUCGACCUGAACAACAACCCGGAGCAGGUGGUGCAACGACCGCCUCGUCUUCCUCGAUAAUUUUUCCGAUGAAUACACGACACCACCACCAGCAAGAAGAAAUUGGAGCAGGAACGAAUAAUGGUGAGAACGAGGGCUUAGCUGCAGCUUCGAGCUCAAGAAAAGCUGCAGGAACUGCUGCCUCUGUCCACCUCCAUGAUCCGAUCGUGCCUGCGAAAGGUAGAAAUAAAGCAGAGGCCUCAAUGAAGACAAGCGCGGCGUCGAAAGCAGCCACAAUGAAGAAGCAGAAAAACCCAUCGAGAAAAGCCAGCAUCGCUUGCGCGGACGAAGCUAACGAAAGUGACGCCGACUUAUUUCAGGACCAGCAACAUGAGUUGUUUUCAACAGACGACAGGGAUCAUGAUCCGCCAAAGCAAGCAAAAGCUGUUGCUCCGAAAAAGAAGCCGCGAGCGGGACGACGGAAGUGA